AUGAUACCAGAUUCUUUGCUGAAUAGUUCUCUGCCUGGCAUAAAACUAACAAACACAGACGCAAUCAACGAUCACAUUCACAUACAUAAUGCAAGUUCAGCCACCUUGCUUGCCUGUCAAGAGCAGAAAAAAAGUUUUCAAGGCAAGUCCAAACAGAGAGAUCAGUGCAGUCGCAGAAGACAGAAGCGUGGGAAACAAUUCUCAGUUAGAGGCCACCUACAGAGACACACUAGAACUCACACUGGAGAGAAGCAAUAUUCUUGUUCUGAAUGUGGCAAACGAUUCUCUGACAGUGUCUCUCUUCAGAAGCACACACGAAUUCAUACAGGAGAGAAGCCAUAUCGUUGUCCUGACUGUGGCAAAGAAUUCUCUAUUGGCAGUGUUCUGCAGACUCACAGAAGAAUUCAUACUGGAGAGAAGCCUUAUUCCUGCCUUGAUUGUGGCAAACAAUUUGCUCUUAAGACCACUCUAGAGAGACAUACUAGAACUCACACUGGAGAGAAACCUUUUGGUUGUUCUGAAUGUGAGAAACGAUUCCCCGACAGGAGCAGUCUUCAGAAACAUACAAAAAUUCACACUGGAGAAAAGCCUUUUUCCUGUUCUGAAUGUGAUAAACGAUUUUCUGACUGGAGAAGUCUUCAGAAACACACAAGAAUUCAUACAGGAGAGAAGCCAUAUUGCUGUUUUGAAUGUGACAAACAGUUCUUCACCAGCAGCAAUCUUCAAAAGCAUAGAAGAAUUCACACUGGAGAGAAGCCGUAUUGCUGUAAGGAAUGUGGUAAAAGAUUCUCGCAAGGCGGCAGCCUUCAGAUACAUAUAAGAUUUCACACUGGAGAGAAGCCGUAUUGUUGCUCUGAAUGUGGCAAGCUAUUCUCUACCAGCAGCAGUCUUCGAAAACACACAAUACUUCAUUCAGAAAAGAAGCCAUAUAGUUGUUUUGAAUGUGGAAAGGAAUUCACUGACAGGAGAGGUCUACAGAGCCAUUCGAUAAUUCACACUGGAAACAAGCCCUACUGCUGCUCUGAAUGUGAAAAAUGGCUUUCUGACAGAAGAGGUCUUAGAAACCACUUAAAAAUUCACACGGGAGAGAAGCCAUAUGGCUGUUCUGAAUGUGGCAAACGAUUCACCACCAGUGGCAAUCUUCAAAAACACCACAGAAUUCACACCGGAGAAAGGCCAUACUGCUGUUCUGAAUGUGGCAAAGGAUUUUCUCAAAUGAGCAAUCUUCAGAAUCACAGAAGAAUUCACACUGGAGAGAAACCCUAUUGCUGUUCUGAAUGUGGUAAACAAUUCUCUCUACGUACUAGUCUGCAGAUGCACGCAAGAAUUCACACUGGUGAAAAGCCAUAUAGCUGUUCUGAAUGUGGCAAACACUUUUCACGAAUAGGCAAUCUUCAGAAACACAAAAAAGCUCACACUAGAGAGAAAUCCUGAGGUAGAUGUUAAAAAAGGAAAGAAGCAGAAGGAGAAAGAAGUCAAAAAGUUACCUUUCUAACUACUCAAGUCUUGAUGAGUACCUUUGCAUGGUGGGCUUCAUUGUACAAGAUCUGUACCAAAUCUCAUCAAGGUGAAACUGUUACUAUAGUAUGAAGAGGACCCCAACUCAUACUUGGAUAAAAAAGUGCCCAGUACCUGCCUCAGCACUAGGGUAGGUGAGUCUUCAGAAGAAGAAAAGAAGAUCUCCAGUGUGGUGUCAGUCCAGAUAGGCAGUGUUGCUGGCCCCACCACAGUGGAACAGAACAGACCACAAAAACGUAGUUUCAGCCAGAAAUUAAGAGGACUGGACACAGUCCAGUGGUCACUUGAAGAUAAUAUGGAGAUCACAUACUUCUACUUUUUGGCAACAAAUCCAGAAUUUAUGACUAAGAAAUAUGUCAGGAGGACGCACACAAAACUUGAAUCCUGGAAAGUGGUAUUGAUUUCCACACUAGAUAAGAUAACUGAUGCAAGCCUAAGAUUGCUUAUCGGAAUAAUUAAAGAAAGAAAGCAAAUAAACCCAAAGAAAUUAGAAUACUUACAAAGAGUAGCAAAAGAAGAAGUAAUACAGGAAAAAAAGGCAAGACUCAGGGGGCAAGAGAAUAGAAUAGGCAAAUGCCUAGGAUGAAGAGAAGAGGUGGGAGCUCAUAUAUGGUGGCAAAUAAGAGACAUAUUUGAAAUCAAAUUAAGAAAUAAACAUCUAAUAUGACUGGACACGCACAGAGAAUGCCCAUCACUCAGAAUUGCAAUGUAUUUAAAAGUAACUGAUUCACAAACAAAGAGAUGUGAAUAAUAAAGGGAGAAGUUUGAAGGAAUCAAAAAUGGUGCUGCAGACUGAAAGAGACAAUAAGAAUCUGUAGAAAAACUGCAAAUAUUCAAGACAUCGAUCAGAAACAGAAAACUACAAAAAGAGGACUCAAGAGUAAGGUUCAUGCUUGGCCUGAAAGUAAGAAAACUAAAGCACUAUUGAAAUUUCAGUUCUGAGGAGAAGAACUGAGAACAGUGAGACAGAAUAAAUUAUCGAGAUAUGAAGUUGGUUAUAGGCCAGAUGUGGCACAAAGCAGUGAUGCAGGGAACCACAGCACUAAUUUCUAAAUCCAUCACAGCAUCCUAACAAUCACCAUAACCCCAUACAAACUACAGAAAGAAGCAUUAUUGGGCGUAGCAUCUCAUUUUGGAAGCAAAGCUGGUGCUAUGCUGUGUCCAUGCUGCUAAUGUAAGAUUAUAUUUAAAAUGAAGAGAGAAUGUAACUGUAAAGUAUAUAUGUAGGAAGUAAAAAAGUUAGAUUUA